AUGAGACAGAUUAAAGACAUUAAAUGGAUCGGUUACAAGGAAUUAAUCCCAAACGGUUUUGGAGUUCAAAGAGGCGUGUUUUUAAGGAGAUUUAAAGCUGUUUUGGAAGAAAAGUACUUGGAAUGGGAGAAAUCCUUGGAAAGGUACUUUGAAUACAAAGACAUUCAAGAGGAAGUACAAAGAUACAAGAUAGCCAAAGUCAAGCUGAAAGGCUAUGGUGAUAGUUGGUUGCAAGGAGAACAAAGGGGGCGUACCCUUAGGGGGAAAGCUUCCAUCUCUACUUGGAGGAAAUUGAAGAAAAGGAUGAGGGAUCGCUUUAUUCCUCACAAUUACAAACAAAGUCAAUAUGUAAAGUGGAGUACUUUACAACAAAGAGGCGACCCAGUUGAAGAUUACAUAAAGGAGUUUGAUAGACUCGCCAUUGUGUGUGAAGUCACAGAAAAUGAAGAGCUCAAGUUGGGGCGUUUUAUUGCUGGUUUGGAUCAAGAAUUGCAAGAGAAGCUUGAAGGUUACACCAACUUAACCUUUGUGGAAGCUUGUAAACUUGUGGUGAAAUUCGAUGCUAAGAGGAAGAAGAAGAAGUCUACUUUCAUUCCUCAAGUGGCUCGAAAACCUACCUUUCCUACCAAGGAGGGGUCUAGUCUUGUCAAACCUAAUGAUCCACCUAGGAAGGACAAGAAGGACUUCAAACUUAGUGACAUUGUAUGUUACAAGUGUGGAGGAAGAGGGCAUUUCAAGAAAGAUUGCCCAAAUUCAAGGGCCUUAACUAUGCAAGAGGUGAAGCUCAUUGCCAACCAAACUAUAGAUUGGGAAGAGUUUGAAGAUGAAGAAGGGGAGGCCGUGGGUGAAGAUGAAGAGGAGGACCAAUGCUUUCCAGAAGAGGAGGCCAAGCAAAGCCUAGUGGUGAGGAGGGCGUUGCAAGCCCAAGUUGAGGAGCCCAUAGCACCUCAAAGACAACACAUUUUCAUCACCAAGUGCAAGAUUGAAGGUGAGGUAUGUGAUUUGAUUAUUGAUAGUGGGAGUGAGGCAAAUACGGUUUCUAAAACUCUAGUAACCAAACUUGGUCUUACAACUACAAAUCAUCCAAAUCCUUAUAAGUUGAGUUGGUUAGAUUCGAAUUCCAGCACGGGGGUUAGAAAACAAAGCAUGGUUAGUUUUUCCAUUGGUUCUUAUCAUGAUUCUCAAUUAUGUGAUGUUGUGUCUAUGGAUGCUUGUCAUAUUUUACUUGGUAGACCAUGGCAAACUGAUCGAAAAUCUGUCCAUGAUGACUUUAGAGAUGUUUUUCCUGAUGAGCUACCUAAUGGGUUACCACCUUUAAGAGGUAUUGAACAUCAAAUUGAUCUUAUUCCUGGUGCUCCUUUGCCUAACAAACCCGCCUAUAGAUGUAAUCCUUUGGAGACUAAGGAGUUGCAAAGACAAAUAGAGGAGUUGAUGAGUAUGGGGUAUGUGCGUGAGUCUAUGAGUCCUUGUGCUGUUCCUGCUCUUUUGGUUCCUAAAAAGGAUGGUACAUGGCGUAUGUGUAUUGAUAGUGAAGGUGUGAAAAUUGAUCCAAGCAAGAUUGAGGCUAUUCAAUCAUGGCCUAGUCCCAAGACACUCACGGAGGUGCGCUCAUUCCAUGGGUUAGCUUCCUUUUAUAGGAGGUUCAUUCGCAAUUUCAGCACUCUCAUGGCUCCCAUAACCGAGUGCACAAAGAAGGGUUCGUUUGAAUGGACUCCUCAAGCUCAAAAGGCCUUUGAGGAGGUCAAAGAGAAGAUGUGCAACACUCCAAUCCUAGCACUUCCAGAUUUCUCAAAGCCAUUUGAAGUUGAGUGUGAUGCAAGUGGGAGGGGAAUUGGUGCCGUUUUGAUUCAAGAAGGGCGUCCUAUUGCCUAUUUUAGUGAGAAGUUGAGUCAAGGCAAGCUGAACUAUUCCACCUAUGACAAGGAGUUCUAUGCAAUGGUGAGGGCUCUAGAUCAUUGGUCACAUUACUUGAGGCCACAACCAUUCAUCCUACAUUCUGAUCAUGAGUCUUUAAGAUUCAUUCAUGGCCAAAAGAAGCUGAAUUCGAGGCAUGCUAAGUGGGUGGAGUUCUUGCAAACAUUUAACUUUUCCUCUAAAUACAAGAGUGGGAAAGCUAAUGUUGUUGCGGAUGCCUUAUCUAGAAGACAUUCUCUACUUGGAUUUCUUUUUAAGGGAAAUAGAUUAUGCAUUCCUAAGUGUCCUAUUCGAAGUCUAUUGAUCCAUGAGGCUCAUGGAGGUGGACUAGCCGGUCACUUUGGAGUUCAAAAGACCAUGGAGCUUCUUCAUGCUCAUUUCUAUUGGCCUAACAUGCUAGCUACUGUCCAUCAUGUGGUGGCUCGUUGUUCUACUUGUCAAAGGGCCAAGAUGGUGUUUCAAAAGGGUCUCUACAAGCCUUUGCCUAUUCCAGAAAGACCUUGGGAAGAUGUGAGUAUGGACUUUAUUGUGGCUUUACCUAGAACUCAGAGAGGUAAGGACUCAAUCAUGGUGGUGGUAGACCGUUUCUCUAAGAUGGCUCACUUCAUUCCUUGUCACAAAACUGAAGAUGCAAUGAAGGUGGCUAAGCUUUAUUUUGAUGGGAUUGUGAGAUUCCAUGGAGUCCCAAGGACUAUUGUUUCUAAUAGAGACACAAAAUUUCUAAGUCACUUUUGGAAAUCCUUGUGGAGCCUAAUGGGGACUAAAUUGCUAUUUUCGACCUCUCAUCAUCCUCAAACUGAUGGACAAACGGAGGUGGUCAAUAGGGUGCUAGGUUCUUUGCUUAGGACCUUGGUUAGUAAGAGCACCAAAGAUUGGGAUGUUAAGCUAGCUCACGCUGAGUUUGCUUAUAAUAGGACCCCUAGUACUACCACAAAGUAUUCUCCUUUCGAGGUGGUCUAUGGUUCCAAUCCUUAUGUUCCUAUUGAUCUUAUUGCUCUUCCUCAAGACAAAUUCGUUGGUGACUUGGUGUGGAUUUACAUGAGGAGAGAAAGGUUUCCUAAUCAAAGGAAAAACAAGUUCAUGCCCCGAGCCGAAGGCCCAUUCGAAGUGGUGGAAAAGAUAAAUAACAAUGCCUACAAGGUUGAUUUGGGAGAAGGGGAGGAUGACCAAAGUGGUCAAGGUUCGAAUAGUCCAAAUAUUCCAGUCCAAGAAUCCAACGUUAGGGAAUUGAUUUUGUCUAAAUCCUUUUUCGAGAUUACGCCUACAAGCUUUGGUAUGCAUGGUCCGAAUAUGUCCUCAAAUGGUUGCACUUUGCUAAGCGUGACUAACUAUUUCAUUCAUGAGACAGAUUAA